UUUUUGUUUUAUGUUUAUAGUUAUCAACUGGAUGCACUAAAAAAGGCAAUGGAACAGAACACUAUUGUGUAUCUGGAAACUGGUUCUGGGAAAACCCUGAUUGCUAUCAUGCUUCUGCGUAGCUAUGCACACCUUUUGCGGAAACCAUCGAGUUUUAUCGCUGUCUUUCUGGUCCCCACUGUGGUUCUGGUUUCCCAACAAGCUGAGGUUGUGAAAAUGCACACGGAUUUAAAAGCUGGAAAGUAUUGGGGAGAGAUGGGAGUGGAUUAUUGGAAUGCUGCCGAUUGGAAGAAGGAGCAGGGUGAAUUCGAGGUUCUUGUGAUGACACCACAAAUAUUGCUUGAUGCCUUGAGGCACAGUUUUAUAAAGCUUGAGAAGAUAAGGAUCCUAAUAUUUGAUGAAUGCCACCAUGCUAGAGGCAAACACCCUUAUGCUUGCAUUAUGAAGGAUAUUUAUCACCCUCAAAGGAAAACAAUUAACUCGCAGCUUCCUAGGAUAUUAGGGAUGACUGCUUCGCCUAUCUACACUAAAGGUUCAGAAAACGGAAUAGAUUACUGGAAGCAAAUCCGUGACCUUGAGAACCUAAUGAAUUCAAAGGUUUUUACUUGCAGUAGUGAGUCUGUGUUGGCAGGGUAUAUGGCAAUGUCAACUCCGAAGCUCAAGAUUUAUAAAGAUGUGGAUAGUCUUUGCUUGUUACCCAAAAAAAUAGCUAGUGAGUUAGAGAGUUUGCAAGAGAAGUUCGAAUGUGACAUUGAAAAAGCAAGCAUCGAGGAGUCCCGUAAAGAAACUACAAGGCAAAAAUUAUCUAAACUAAGUUUAACAUUUUUCUUUUGUUUGAGGGAACUCGGACUUUGGCUGGCAAUAAAGGCGGCAGAUUCUUACAAAUCCCAUGGAAGCGGGAUGUUUGUAUGGGAAAAACAGGAUAAGUUUGGGGAGAGGAUUAUAACAGAUUUUAGCUCAGAAGUAUUUAAAGUUCUCUGUGGUUAUAUGCCUUCUGAACCUGACUGGUCUGUAUGGGAUAAUAUUGAAGCAAAUGUGAUGAAGGGGUAUCUAUCAACAAAAGUUAUUUGUCUCCUCGAAUCUCUUCUUGAACGCAGGGACUCAAAAGAUUUGAGAUGUAUUGUUUUUGUAGAAAGGGUUAUAACGGCCAUCACACUUUGUCGCCUAUUGGACGUUUUGCUUCCUAGCCUGAGUGGAUGGAAAACAAAAUAUAUAGCAGGCAGCAAUACUCUUGUACAGUUACAGAGUAGGAAGACCCAAAAUGAAAUUAUUGAAGAACUUCGUAAGGGCGCGGCAAACAUUAUUGUUGCGACAUCAGUUCUUGAAGAAGGGCUGGAUGUUCAGAACUGCAAUCUGGUUAUACGAUUUGACCUAUCAAAUACAGUGUGCAGUUUUAUACAAUCUCGAGGUCGGGCUAGGAUGCAGAACUCAGAAUUUCUGUUAUUGGUGAAAAGUGGCGACAAUGCUACACUUUCUAGAGUAAAAACCUACCUUGCUAGCGGACAAGUAAUGAGGCGGGAAUCAUUGCGACAUGCUUCACUGCCUUGUCAGCCACCUGAUACUGAUAUAUAUCAAGAAGCAUUCUACCAGGUUGACUCUACAGGAGCUAUUGUCACACUGACAUCCUGUGUGCCUCUGAUUUACUUCUAUUGCUCUCGCCUACCUUCGGACGGAUACUUCAAGCCCUUGCCGAGAUUUAAAAUUUACAAUGAGUUGCAGAAGUGCACAUUAUGUUUCCCCAAAGGUUGCCCAUUACCUGAGGUAACUGUUCAUGGAAAUCUCAAAACACUGAAACAAAUUGCAUGUCUAGAAGCAUGCAAAAAGUUGCAUAUAAUGGGAGCCCUAACGAACAAUCUUGUACCAGAUAUGGUGGAAGAAGAAAAUGCUGAAGAUAUUGGUCAUCCGGAGUAUGUCGAUGAACAGGAUAUCUAUGUUCCAUCAGAACUUGUAGGUCAAGAUCCUAACAAUGGUGCAAAAAUAUACUACUGCUAUCUGCUAGAGUUGGAUAGAAAAUUUAGCCAUGAUAUUGCAGUUAAUAAUCUAAUGCUUGCUGCUAGUCAUGAGCUUAAUAUUGAUGAAGACAGCAACUUGGCUUUUGAAUUGGAGGUUGAUCGAGGAAAUUUAUCAGUUCACAUUAAAUACGCUAGAUCUAUAAGUCUCACUUCUGAACAGGUUCACAUGUGCCGGCAGUUUCAAGUGAAAACUUUUAGGAUUCUCUUUAGUAACAAUUAUAAAAAGUUGAACGAGACCUUUGAUGUUUUUCACCAAUGGAAAGACUCUACUGUUUACGACUAUCUCCUACUCCCAACUACUGGCUCACAGCAUUCACUGCUUAUUGAUUGGAGAUGUAUUGGUUCUGUUCUUUAUAAAGGCAAUAAAAUAUGCCAUGAUCGUGCACGGUGCCCUUUUCCUAAAGACGAAUAUAAUAUUGUGAAAACAAGAAACGAUCUUGUCUGCAGGUGUGUUCUGGAGAAUUCUUUGGUCUGCACUCCCCACAAUGGUUAUGUAUACUACAUAGUGGGAACAUUAUAUGGCAUGAACGGAAGUUCAGUAUUGGACUUGAACGACGGAGAAUCUAUAACAUACAAAGAAUACUAUGAGAAAAGGCAUGCCAUCGACUUGCUAUAUGGGCGGGAACAUUUUCUUAAGGGAAGACAUGUAUUUAGAGUACAAAAUCACCAUCACAAGUAUAGAAUGCAGAAGGAACAAGCUGUGGAACAAAGCAAAGCGUAUGUGGAAUUGCCUCCUGAACUUUGUUCCAUUAUCAUGUCACCAAUAUCCGCGGCAACAUUAUACUCGUUUUCAUUUGCCUCAGCGAUCAUGCAUAGAAUAGAGUCUUUGCUCAUUGCUAGCAGUUUAAAAAAAAUGCUGAGAGAUUACUAUUACCCAAAUGUUACUGCUAUAACUAAAAUUCCAACGAUCAAGGUGUUGGAAGCUAUUACCACCAAGAAUUGCCGUGAAAACUUUAAUUUGGAGUCACUGGAGGCUCUUGGAGAUUCAUUUCUGAAAUAUGCUGCCUGUCAGCAUGUGUUUACAAUGAACCAAAAUACACAUGAAGGAAUUCUUAGUAUUAAGAAAAAUAGAAUCAUAUCUAAUGCUAACUUAUGCAAGCUCGGGUGCAGCCGUAAACUCCCGGGUUUAAUACAUAAUGAACCCUUUGAUCCCAAGAUGUGGAUUAUUCCUGGUGACCAAAAAGAGGCUUUUCAUGAAGUACAACUGUCUACCGGGACUAAAGUAUUUACUAAAGGAAUACAAAAAGUAAAAAGUAAGGUUGUAGCUGAUGUUGUCGAGGCAUUGAUUGGUGUAUUCCUCAGCUAUGGCGGUGAAGGUGCAGCAUUAUCAUUCAUGAAUUGGCUUGGUAUUGAGGUCAAUUUAUUGAAUAUACCAUAUAAGAGGAGCUUUCCAGCAAAUCCAGAAAAGCUCCUUAAUGUUAGCUAUCUUGAGUCAAUACUUAAUUAUUCUUUUAAAGAUGCUUCAUUACUUGUUGAAGCAUUAACACAUGGUUCGUUCAUGCUCCCUGAAAUUCCUCAGUGUUAUCAGCGUCUUGAGUUUCUUGGAGAUUCUGUACUGGAUUAUCUCAUUACUCUGCAUCUAUACAAUAAAUAUCCUGGAAUUACGCCUGGAUUGCUAACUGAUCUGAGGUCAGCUUCGGUGAACAAUGAUUGUUAUUCCCUAUCUGCGGUUAAGGUUGGAUUGCAGAAACACAUUCUCCACACCUCGGAAAAACUUCAAGAGAAAAUAGCAUCCUCUAUUCAGACUUUAGAUCCUUUGUUGAUGCGUUCAACAUUUGGAUGGGGGUCUGAGAACUCUCUUCCUAAGGUUCUUGGAGAUGUGAUAGAAUCUCUGGCAGGAGCAAUCUUCGUUGAUUCGGGUUACAGAAAGGAUGUUGUAUUCAAGAGCAUACGACCACUUUUGGAACCCUUGGUUUCUCCUGAAACACUCAAGCUUCAACCAGUAAGAGAAUUACAUCAGUUGUGCCAAAAGGAGCGCUAUCUGUUGAAAAAGCCUUUUGUGUCAUGUAAUGAUGGUGUGGCAGCUGUUACAGUCGAGGUCGAAGCAAAUGGAGUCAUACACACAGAGUCAUGCACUGCUUCUAACAAGGCUGAAGCCAAAAAACUUGCUUUCAAAGCUGUUUUGAAGUCGUUAAAAGAGAGCAUGUCCACCGGACCUCACCCUACUCCUCUCCUCUCCUCUCCCAAAGGUGAAAAGAGAAACGAAGAAAAAUGACAAAGCCUUUAUACAUUAGUUUUAGGAUGGUAAUUGUUGUAAAAUAGACAUUAGAUAUUUAGAAAAGUACGUACUCACCUAAGUUAGGUGCGUACAAGGUAUAUACAGGGGAGAUUUAUUAAAUUUAGAAAUUAGAUCAAAUAAUUACAAAAUUGUCAUUAAUUUGUACUGCGUACUUAGGCAAGUUACCUAAGUACGUACUUGGGAGCAUUUUCCCUAUU